CAAAAGUUGCACAUUACAUUUUGCUGAUAUGGUUUCUACUGUAUCAACUGCUUCUGACAUGAACUGGUGACAACACAAACAUCUGAGUAAUGUUAUCUAGCUGUUCGUUAACGUGUUGUCGAUGUGCUUCACUUUAGAAUGGCCUCAAUCACUUAAAAUCAGUUCCCGCAUAUAGUUUGAGAUUAUCUCUUGUUUACUCAACAAUAAGACACUCCAGCACAGGUAAGCUAGUUAGCUAGCUAAGGUAGGCAUAACUUAUGUCACUAGGCGAGUGCCUUUGGGCUUCAAUGAAAACUGAAGAUCCAGGAGAAGAGUUGUGAGGAGACAUCAACAGGCUGUGCGAGGAUGGACUUUGUCAAAACGGUCCUGGUGACUGGAGGGGCAGGUUUCAUUGGGUCCCAUUUUGUCUGCUCCCUAGUCAACAGGCAUCCAGAUUGGCGUAUCAUCAACUUUGACAAUCUGGACUACUGUUCCAAUCUCAGGAACCUGGAGUCUGUAGAGGAGAAUGAAAACUACACCUUUAUCAGGGGGGAUAUAUGCAAUCCACGCUUGGUAAACCACAUCUUUGCCACAGAAAACAUCGACAUCGUCUUUCACUUUGCGGCUCAAACACAUGUUGAGACGUCCUUCAUAUGGCCGUCCAGAUACCACAUGGUGAACGUGGGGGGGACAAGGGUGCUACUGAAAGCAGCUUUUGAGGCCAAGGUGGAGAAGUUUAUUUACAUUAGUACAGAUGAGGUGUACGGAGAGAGUCUGUAUAAGGAAUUAGAUGAAACCAGCCCAAGAAGACCCAACAACCCAUACUCUGUGUCUAAAGCAGCUGCUGAGUGUCUUGUAUUGUCCUACAGGGAGAGACACAAGUUUCCUGUUAUAAUAACAAGGAGCAAUAAUGUAUAUGGACCCAGACAGUACUUGGAGAAGGUAAUUCCAAAAUUCGUGUCCUUCCUUCAGCUGAACAAAAAAUGUACCAUCCAAGGGACCAGCCCCCAAUCUCGCCACUUCCUGUACGUGGAUGAUGCCAUUGAAGCAUUCCACACCAUCCUGGAGAGGGGGGUGGUGGGAGAAACCUACAACAUCGGGACCGACUUCGAGAUAUCCAUCAUUCAACUAGCCAGAGAACUUAUCAAGAUGUGUGUGUUACAGGUCAAGCAUGUCCCUGAUGCAGAACUGGACGACUGGCUGGAGUUUGUGCCUGACCGGCCAGUGGUUGACCUGAGGUACCCUGUGAACUGUGAGAAGCUGUGGAGGCUGGGCUGGAAGCCUGCAGUGUCAUGGUCAGAGGGCAUCAGAAGGACAGUCAAAUGGUACCAAGAGAAUCCAGACUUCUGGCCAGAUGUCAAACCAAUUACCUUUGAGCUCGAUACCAGAGACCAAUAAGCACAUAGAUCCUCUUCCUGUAUUCGUGGUCACCAACCCUGUUCCUGGAGAGCUACAGGGUGUGCUGUCUUUUGUUCCAGCCCUGUAUUAACACAUCUGGUUCAAUUAAUCAAUCUUAAUUAGGGUUGUUGACCUCCACUAGUCAAACCAUCAUCUCAAUCACUGUGGGUGUGCAAGGGAACACUUAUUUUUGUAAAUGUUUUACUAAUGAAGGUGGAGUGUAAUAUAUUUAUCAUAGUCAAUAAAUAACUUUAUAGAGCAGG